AUGCAACUCGAGGGCCUAGCCCUGGCGUCAUAUGUGCUUGGGUGGAUAACGUGCUCAAUAUCAACCACGUUCGCUUCAUUGCGACUAUUCGCAAGAUACAGAGAACCGGGACUCUCAUGGGAUGACGCAUAUCUGGUCUCUUGCAUCCUCGUCGUCUUCGUGAGCAAAUCCGUCUGCCACUUUGCGUGGUUCGCAGGCCUCGGUAGAAGCCUUGAACAAAUCCCACUCGCAGACCGGCCGCGGGCCAUCUUUCUCAGCACUCUUGCCACGGCCAUCAUCCCGUGGGAGUUCACGCUGCCCAAGCUCGCCAUUGUCGUCUUCAUCCACAAGAUUGUCCCGACCAGCAAAAGGCGAUUCCGAAGCUGGCUUGCCGCUUGUGCCUUGUCCUUUGCCUUGAUUCUGUGUAUCAGCGUCUGGCAGUUUGCGCAGUGCAACCCCACAUCGCAGAGGUGGGCGCCCGUCCCCGGUGGGAAAUGUGCCGACCCCAGAAUCAACGUCGCGAUGGCUUAUACUAGCUCGGUUGUUUCGUGCGUUAUUGACGUCGCUAUUUGUCUCGGUUCGAUUCCUGUUUUUAUGGGCUUGCAGAUGAGUGCCAGGAACAAAGCCACCGUGAUCGUUGCCGUGAGCUUUGGAGCUCUUGCGAUAACCCGGCUGGCUAUCGACAACAACCACCCGCCUGUGCCGUCGAGCCCACACUUGUUGGGAACUUCGUCUACAUGGCUACAAACGACCGACAGCACCGCUGGUUGGACACAGGCCCCUCUCGACGAAGAGCCGUCAACUGCCGUCAGACGAAUCCUCCGUGCGCCUGAAGGCACGGGGUCGCGUCAGUCAAACAACCCUAACGAUGCAGGCUCCAGCGUACAACUUUACCUCUUGGUCGACCUAGAAUCCAUGCUGCUGCUGAUGGGCGCCUCCAUGGGUUCAGUCAUCAAGCUCCUCCGGCCGAAGCGCUGCCGAUUCACGUCACAAAACGAGAGCGGCAGCUGUAAAAAGCCGUUCUUCCCAGGUAGACGCAGCAUAUUUGGCCGAGGUGACUCUUCGACACGGCAUUCCACGAGGCCUGAAGGAGAAGAUGGUGAUAAGUUGAGGCUUACCGACCGGAUGAGCGGCCGCCCGGCUAGUGCUCCCUCUGAAGCCCGAACGGGCUCCGCGGGAAGGGAGGGAUUAGUCCAAGCUCAAUAA